AUGUGCGAGAUGUAUUGGGCCCACAAGCAGCAAGAAAAGCAAGAAUCCCUUCCAGGACUCCUUGACUCCGACCAUGCACGCGGAGUCUUCCCUCUCCUUCAUCCACGGCCGACAGAUGAUGUUUUUGUGAAGCCUCCACAUCAUGGUGAUCAUGCCACGGACCUCGCGCUGCGGUCUGGUUCAGCAGGGUCUCAGCAGGCUCUGCAGGCUGUUGCUACUAGCACUCCUGGUGCCCUUGGUGGUACCCACAUUGAGCUACAGCCUGUAGAGCAGAGCUUCAAGGUGGCUGUAGCCGCUCCGAGCCGGCCUCCGGACUCCGAGUCGCCUUUCAUGAAGUUUCAUGCGCAUUCUACGGCAGAUCCUUCUACCGUCGCGUGUGGCGGUAUGGAAGGUGUCAUGACUGUGGGAUUUGAUGAAGGGGCCAAGCUGGAAUCUGCUGACGCGGCGGCAGCACGAAGCCAUGCCAGGGAUUCGUUACUGUCACAGCUGGAGAAGCUGGAGGCGGAAUGGACGGGCGGGGGCACAGCAAAGACACCGCGUUAUAGUCACACCAUGUUGGAAGGUGAUGGUCAUCAUGUUUCUGCACGUGGGAACAUGAUGAUGGACAUGCCGUCUUGCGCGGCAAGGCAUGUCAGCUGCAGGCCAACAGGGUGGGGCGUUGGGCGAAUCGAGGCGUCUGGGCAUGUCUUUGGCGGUGCGGAGCAUGACGGGGCGGCGACGGCAAAGCGGCACGGGCAUGAUGGGGCGGCGGCAGGGCGACACGCGCAUGAUGGGGCGGCAGGGCACGCGCAUGAUGGGGCGGCGGCAGGGCGGCACGCUCAUGAUGGGGCGGCAGGACACGUCCAACGUGGAGCAGCGACAGGGCAUGCCAUUAUUGAUCCAUCAGGCUAUGACAUGCAAGGCCAGUUCUCCAUUCGUUCUGGUGGGAAGUCGGGUGAUCGUUCCAAGGAGCGCGUGGGCUCAGACGAUGGUGGUAAACCACAUCGAUCGGGUGCACGGGAGUAA